AUGUUACUAUAUUUAAGUUUCUUGCUGAGUUUUAGUUUGGUCCUCGCGAAACAUGAAAUGUAUGAUGGAUUACUAGAUGAAGAAGAUAGAUUGAUGGUUGAAGCGAAACGUAAAAGUCAAAGAUUUGGAACAGCAAGAAUUGGAUUUGAUAGAGUUUACAAUCUUACGGAGGUUUAUACUUAUCUCGAAGAAGUAGCUUCGUCGUAUCCAGAUUUAGUAACUUUGGUCAACGCAGGAAAAUCAUUCGAAGGUAGAGAUGUGAAGUAUCUUAAAAUAUCCACUACCAACUUUGAGGAUACAAGCAAACCUAUAGUGUUUGUUGAAUCUCUGCUUCAUGCUCGUGAAUGGGUCACCUUACCACCGACGUUGUAUGCAAUCGACAAACUGGUAACUGGGAAUCUAACUGAGAGCAGUGUCUUGGACAAAGUCGAUUGGAUCAUUCUGCCCAUUGCCAACCCUGAUGGAUAUGAAUUCAGUCAUGUUCAGAAUCGUUUUUGGCGCAAAAAUCGCGCCACAGGUUACAUGGCUAACGACGUUUGUGUCGGAGUUGACUUGAACAGAAACUUCGACAUUACCUGGGGCGACUUCUCGAGCAACAACGUUUGCUCGGAGACCUUCCACGGAAGGCACCCCUUCUCUGAACCCGAGGCCAGAAUCGUAGGGGAUAUAUUAAGAAGCAAUAAUAAUCGAAUCAAGAUGUUCAUGGAUAUACAUAGCACAGGUAGUAUGAUACUGUACGGUUGGGGCGAUGGAGUGCUGGUGUCCAACGCGUUGUCCGUCCACGCUGCUGGUAUACAGAUGGCCACCGCGAUAGACGCCGUAAAGACGCAUUGGAAUCCAUACUACACCGUGGGUAACUCAGCGUUAGUACUAUACAGAGCGUCUGGUCUCGCCAUGGACUACGGCUCAGUCUCCAAUAUCCCCUACUCCUAUGUCUACGAGCUGCCACGUCACAGGAAUGCCUUGGGGGUCGACAGGUUCCUGGUAGACCCCGCGUUGGUGCAACAAUUCGCGAUGGAGACCUGGGAAGGAAUACAAGCGGGAGCUAAAUUUAUUCGUGAUAAAUAUACGUAA